UGUUGCAAGUAACACUGCAAGUUCUGCGCAUCAUGAGUUCAUAUCACACUUGUAUAUUUGUAUAUGUGACUACUAGACGUCGAUGAAACAAGCGAGAUGAUUGUUGACUUGUUAAAAGAGUUAUGUCGUGUUGUUUUACCUCUGUAUCCACACAAAUCUUUGUCAACACAUGUACUUGUCCGACAGACGCCUGCACUGGGAAAGCAUUUAAGCGGACGUUCGCGGGGCAGCACAUCUGUCAAUCACCGGAAGCUGGUUAGAAACGGCGAGGAGAAGAAAUCAGUGAUUUGGUUGGAGGGAAAUAUUGCAAGUGGAAAGACAACAUGUCUGGAAUACUUCAGCAAAACCAGUGACAUUGAGGUGCUAACAGAGCCAGUGUCUAAAUGGAGAAAUGUACAAGGAUGCAAUCCAUUGGGAUUGAUGUACCAGGACCCAUCUAGAUGGGGACUCACUCUUCAGACAUAUGUCCAGCUGACAAUGCUAGAUUGGCAUGUCUUACCAAUGUCAGCACCAAUCAGAAUGAUGGAAAGAUCUAUUUACAGUGCAAAGUACAUUUUUGUGGAAAAUCUUUACAAAAGUGGAAAGAUGCCUGAGGUGGACUUUGCUGUUUUGAGUGAAUGGUUUGAGUGGAUCAUAAAGAAUAUUGCUAUUCCUGUGGACCUUAUUGUUUACCUGCAGACGUCUCCACAGACUUGCUACGAAAGACUAAAGCAGAGGUGCAGAGAGGAAGAGAAGGUUAUUUCCUUGGAAUACCUAGAAUCAAUCCAUAACCUCUAUGAGGACUGGCUCAUUCAUCACAAGUCAUUUGAGGUUCCUGCUCCAGUUCUGGUAAUCCCAGCAGAUCAUGACCUUAAGAAGAUGCUGCAUCAGUAUGAGGAAAACAGAGAGAAGAUACUAAUGGCACAUUGCUGAGGUUAAGAUCCGAGACAAUGAUGAUCAUAUCAAUCCAUACAUAUGUCUUCAGCUCUCAUUGAGACAGAUGAAGCAAGCACUUUUUUUUUUUUUACUUGAAACUGGAUUUACAAACAUUCCUCCAGCAGUGGAAAGUUAAUUUUUAUAGUAGGAUUUGUAGAAUUAGUUCAUAUGAUAUGUGUUUUAUUUCAAUCCUGCCUUUUAUGAUUAUUAUUUUGUAUUUGCAUUUGCAGUCUUUGCAAACUUGGUUUAUGCACUUAACAGGAGACACAGUCUUCAUUUUUAGUCUUGUUUAUGAAAGCAUUCCAUAUUACCUAAAACUGCUGCACUUAGAAACAUUUCCAUUGGCUCUUUUGUUAUGUCAGUAGACAUUUUAAAUUCUGAAUGGCAAUUCAUGUUCAUUCUGUCACUUACAGACAGUGUCACUAACAAAUACAGACACUGUGGUCUGUUUACGUUACUGAAGGUGUUACUGUGACCAGUGUAAUUUAUACUGCAUAAGGCAUUGUUUUAAAUAAA